AUGGGGAAUGUCAUAGAUGUCAGAAGCAAAAAACUGGGAAAAACUGGACCCAAACCCAAAGAAUACACUGAUGAGUUUCUGCAGUCAGCACCUUUGUAUAAGAGGGCAACUGAGAGAAGCUAUGGAGCUGCUCUAAAGAUUUCAUCUACAGCCAUUCAUAAACUAAAGAAACAGGGGAGACUCAAAACUCAUACAAGCACAAACCACCCAGCACUCACAUCCAACCACAAAAUAGCUAGGAUGAAAUGGGUCUUAAAUCACAUACUGCCUGCCACACAGAAUAGGGACCCCAAGUUUAUGGACAUGCAACAAGUGGUACAUGUUGAUGAGAAAUGGUUCUACUUGAACCCAGAAAAUAGGAGGUUUUACCUUCUACCAAAUGAGCCAAACCCUUAUAGAGCCCAACAGUCUAAGAGGUUCAAAAUCAAAGGGAUGUUCAUGGCAGCCAUAGGGAAACCAGUGUUUUCCCCUAAUGGAGAAGUACUUCAUGAUGGAAAAUAUGGAAUGUGGUCAUUUGUGUAUGAAACUACAACCAAGAAAAAAAGCAAAAACAGAGAUGCUGGUACUGUGGAAAUAAAAGCCACACAGAAUGUAAACAAAGAAGCUAUAAGGGCAAUGCUAAUGACAAAUGUUAUUCCUGGAAUCAAAUCAAAAUGGCCUUCACAUCUGCCCAGGGACAUAUUCAUUCAGUGGGAUAAUGCAAGACCUCAUCAAAUUCCAAGGGAUGAGAGAUUUGAAUCAGCCUGUCAGUCAGAAGGAUUCAACAUUCAAUUCAUCUAUCAGCCAGCAUAG